CAAUUAUUGAAUUCAAAAACAUAUUGGUUCAUAUGAUACAAACUAAAUUAAAAACCAGCACACAACAAGUAGGACGACAAGUAAUUAUGAUACCAUGUCUUGAAAGUCAAUUUGUUAGUGUGUUUAAUAAAUAUAUCAAUCGAUAUUCACCAAGUCGUAGCUGGUACCAAUGUAUCUUUACAGGAAUUGGAGCUUAUAAAUGUUUAGAACAAAUUCUUAAUGAUGAAAAGUGGGG